CAGCAGCAUUAGAGACAGGAGGACAAACGAGAUCACCGUUCAAGCUGCGCCUCUGCUCCGAGCCUCCACCUCCAACACCACAACUCAGCUGACACGAUGAAGUCUUGGCUAGCUCCCGUAGCCGUGGUGCUGUGCGUCCUGGUGUGUGUGGCGGAGGCAUACCCGCCCAAACCUGAACCUCCGGCGGGGGAUGCGGGGCCCGAGGAGCUGGCCAAGUACCACACGGCACUACGCCACUACAUCAACCUGAUCACCAGGCAGAGGUACGGGAAGAGGUCCUCUCCGGAGGUAGAGAUGGCCGAGCUGCUCUUCGGUGGUGAUGAACAGGACAUCAGGCCGCGGAUGGACAGAAUGGAGGAUGGUUUGACCUGGUAGUCGCCUCUCAAUGUAUUUCUGCAAUUCUUGUUCAUCAUCACUCCAUCCUUCUUUCAGCCCUUCUUCUCUUUGUCGUCUCCAUGGAGGUUAAACCAACCAGCAAAAGCAGCAUCAAAAUAUUGCCACAUGUAUCUGUAUUUCUCUCUCUCUCUCUCUCUCUCUCUCUCUCUCUGUAUCUCAGACAAUUUUUCUCUGUUUUAAAGAUUCCUGUGAAGCAACAAUUGUAAAUAAUUUGUUACUCACGUAAUUGCAAAUAAUAAAC